CUUACAAAAGUAAUUAAUAGAACGAAAAUUAUCUGUUAAGUUUAAUACUCAAUUAAUGAAAUCAGCUUGAGGAUUUGCUUGUUAAUGUAAUCGUCUCAACAGCUGGUCGGAUAAAACUUUAAGCUCAGAGAAUUUGUUAUCUAUAUAAAAAAAUAAUGACCAGAUUUAUUACUAUAAAAAACAGAGUCCUUUGCAGCAUCUCAUUCAUAUUUUAUUUCGUGAUUUUUGUGCUUUUCAGCUAGAAAAGGUGUUUUACUGAUCCACACAGAGUUUUUCCCCUAACUUGGAUGAAAGCGAAUACAUUAGUUCAUGGAUCCGUGGCUUUCAUCAGGAAUGUACUACAUUCUGCGUAGCAGCCUAAACCAUAAGACCUUUAGGCGCAUUCAGCACGUGAGAGAUGUCUGUGGCAUGACUCUGAACCCCUGACUCACUGCGCCAGACCAAACACAUUAACCACCUGUGGUCAUGUUAGAUGAAUCUUUUAUUGUGUAAAAUAAUUUGGGUUAAAUGUUAUUUUACAGGGUUGCCAGAUAGUGAUUGAUCCUGGAUUUAAUUGCACCACAGGGUUAUUUUAAGGGGAUUAUGUGAAGCAUUUUAAUCAGUGGCUCUGUUUCUAACAGUUCUAGCAAGUAUUAUAGUAAGUAAGUAAUUCUUAAAGUAAAAGUAAAGUAAUUCUUUUUUUUUGUUAAUGCUGAUUGAAUAUUUUUAACCUAACGUGAAAGCAUUAAAUAGAAGUUUUCUUUGUGUCUUCCUUUCUGAUCGGUAUCCUUCCACAAGAAUCACAUGCAUCAUCACUUGAUUAGCUUAAAUGCCAACGUAGCCGACCACAAAGGAGCUUUUGUGAUUUCAUGGUUACGUGAAGAACUUUUUCAUACGAUUCAUUCUUCUCCAACAGGAUGAUUUCCUGCUAUAGUUCCAGUAUUUUAGCUAUUAUUUAUUUGAUAAAGGUCCCCUCUACUAACACACACAGGACGAGAAAUUACCUCACAUGAACUAGAGAGAGCGUCUACAAUGUGGAACACUAUAUUUAAUGACAUGCUGAUUUUAGCAGUUAGUUCUAAAAACGGGUCUGAUGAAAAACAACAGAAGACCUGUGGUUUUAAGUACAUGUGCAUCUGCACAAACAUUUUAAUGUAUUUUUAAUAUAUUUAUAAUGUAACACGUUUUAUGUAUUAGAUUCAUUUCUAUUUAUUCAAUCAAUGGAUCUCAGUGUUUUAUGGUACUUGAACAAAAGCACUUUUUUAGAAGAACAAAUCAUCUGAAGGAUAAAUGGCCCACCUCAUUUAACAGCGCUUUAAGACCUGGUUGAGCCAAAUGUCCUUGCAUUCAUUUCCAUUGGGUGAAAAUAGAUUUUUGACAACUGCAGUGACAAGGUGUCACCGACUGUGAGGGCCAUGGCCGAGGUGUGGUAGGAGCCUGGAGGUUGGCCUUUCCCAAUAUAAAGAGGAGGAAAUGCCAGGUGCCCGUGACCUUUGAAUGGAACCGAGCUGCUGAAGCUUUCUCCUGUGCUUUCAAGGUGGCUUCCGUUCUGUAUUCGCUGUUCUGUUGCUUUCUAUUUUAAACUUGUGAGUCAGAUGCGAGUUCAUCAGCCUUCUCAUCAAGCGCAAUACAAAAUCAGGGGAACAAGCACAAGAUGGAAGGAUGCGCUUAAAUUUUUAAUAACUGCUUUGGGCAUUUUAUUUUCUGUGUAACGGUAAGUGGUGAACGUGUUUCCAAAACAUCCACAUUUAAUUGGACGGCUCAACACAGAGUCCGACCUGGUGGAGAAGAGAUGCAGGAGAAUUUACUGACUGUCGAUUAUCGCAUCAUAUGGGUCUGAGGGUAAAGUGGUCCCUAAUCAAAGGCUCAUCAUUACCUUUGAAUGCAUAUGUGUUUCUGCAGGAAGGAUGUCAUCCUCAGCUGGUGAACAUGAGUGGAGGAGGCACGCACAGCAGUGACUAACACUCGUCAUGCUCAGGAUGUGCGGCACUCAGAGGGGACCGUCCGUCCCGAUGAAGCCAUUAGUCGGGUAAUUGGUGUGGAUGUGGUCGAAUGGAUGCCACUCGUCUCCCUUCUUCUCACCGAGUUCUGUUGUUCAUUGAGUCCUUCCGUGCUCGGCCGCGGCCAGGAGGCAGACCUUCACAUGCGGGGCAAAGCUUCGGAUCCCCUGCUCAUUACUCCGCUAUGCAGUAGAGGAGAGGAUUAGCCCGAGCUGAGCGCCCGCGUGAAGACUGGGCGUUUGGCUGUUUGUCCGUCACCCGGCUCUCCGGUCGUCCCUUUUUAGGCUCCUUUUCCUUCCUACCUCUGCUUUCCUCCCCUCUCUCUGUCAACCAUGACCCUUUUAUCAGAAGACCAGUCCGCGAGGCCUCAGCCGUGCCGAUUCCCGGAGCCCGGCAAAGUCAGCCCCGCUUCCCUGCAUCAGCACUCGACGGACCUCACUACCUCCAAAGAGGAAUACAUGGACAGCGGGGAGGGUGCCGUGUUCGGGGUGGUGGAGCCCCCCAGGCGCUCCCGGGGCCGCCUCGUCCUCCACGCGCUGGUCAUGUUCGGAAGGGAAUUCUGCUACGCCGUGGAGGCCGCGUUCGUCACCCCGGUGCUCCUGAGCGUGGGCCUCCCCCGCAGCCUGUACAGCCUGGUGUGGUUCAUCAGCCCCAUCCUGGGCUUCCUGCUGCAGCCCGUCAUCGGCCUGGCCAGCGACCACUGCCGCUCAGUGUGGGGCAGGCGGAGGCCUUACAUCCUAGCGCUGGGCAUCCUCAUGCUGGUGGGACUCACCCUGUUCCUCAAUGGGGACACUAUCAUUUCAGCUCUGGUCCGUGACGCCUCGUUGAAGCGGCUGUGGGCCAUCGUGGUGGUGAUGCUCGGAGUGGUGCUGUUCGACUUCGCGGCGGACUUCAUCGACGGGCCCAUCAAAGCCUACCUGUUCGACGUGUGCUCGCACCAGGACAAGGAGCGGGGUCUGCACUACCACGCGCUGUUCACAGGCCUCGGGGGUGCGUGUGGCUACCUGGUGGGAGCUAUGGACUGGGGACAUUCCCUGUUGGGUCGACUGCUGGGCUCCGAGUACCAAGUCAUCUACUUCUUCUCGGCGCUCACGUGGGGCAUCUUCCUCAUCGUGCACCUCUUCAGCAUUCCAGAGCAACCUCUGGGCAAGAAACAGCCUCCCGCUGCCUCGGCGCCCACCAGCGCCCUGCACCUAGUGGGGUCCCACAGCAAUGGCUACGGAACGCUGGCUAAGGAGCCCAUCUCUCCUAACGGGCAUGCGCCUGUCACAGACCUUAGGCCGAGGUCCUUCUCUGCCCUCGGGGAGGCUAAUUCUGUGACAUCCAGUGCCAAGCAGCCAAACAAGGAGGCCCAGAAGAGGAUGACAUUUAGGUCCCUGAUGAAAGCUAUUAUCAACAUGCCAAGCCAUUACCGCUGCCUGUGUGUCAGUCACCUGCUGGGAUGGACGGCCUUCCUCUGCAAUAUGCUCUUCUUCACUGAUUUUAUGGGACAGAUCGUGUACAGGGGGAAUCCCUACGCAGCCCACAACUCCACAGCCUAUGCCACGUACGAGAGGGGAGUGGAAGUGGGCUGCUGGGGGCUGUGCAUCAACGCCGUGUCCUCUGCCCUCUACUCCUACGUGCAGCGCUUCCUCCUCCCUUACAUCGGCCUGAAGGGACUGUACUUCGUGGGCUACCUCGUGUUCGGCCUGGGCACCAGCCUCAUCGGCCUCUUCCCUAACAUCAUCGCCACGCUCGUCCUCUGCACCGUGUUCGGCGUCAUGUCCAGCACCCUGUACACCAUCCCAUUCAACCUGGUGGCAGAGUACCAGCGGGAGGAGGAGGAACAACAGAAGCUGCGAGGCAGCAGUGAGAGCGUGCGAGGCUCUGGGGUGGACUGCGCCGCGCUCACUUGCAUGGUCCAGCUGGCUCAGAUCCUGGUGGGCGCGGGUCUCGGCGCCCUGGUGAACCUGGCAGGAAGCGUAAUCGUGGUGGUCCUCUCAGCUGCAACCAUGUCCCUGUUCGGCUGCAUCUUCAUCGCCCUCUUUAUCAGAUAUGUGGAAUGAUUUGGAAUAUUAUAUAAAAGUAUUUUAAUGGUAUUGUUUUAAUACAUAAAGAAUCUUUAUAUCCUUAA